GCUGCUCCUAAGGCCAUACAGACUUCAUAUAAAUCCAUAAUGAACUUUUUCACACUAUCUGUUGUUACCCAGAUGAGGACGGGUUCCCUUCUGAGUCGGGUUCCUCUCAAAGUUUCUUCCUCUUAAUACAUCUUAGGGAGUUUUUCCUUGCCACCGUCACCACCGGCUCGCUCAGUUGGGAUAAACUCACACCUUUAAUAUCUGUAGACCGUGUUGAUAUUUCUGUAAAGCUGCUUUGAGACGAUGUCUACUGUAAAAAGCGCUAUACAAAUAAAAUUGAAUUGAAUUGGUUUUGAUGAAGAAAAUAACUCCUACCAGACUCCGAGCCUUGCACGUAAGUUGGGCCAGUCCUUGAAAAAGAUAUGUGACGUUAUACAUUGCAGAGCUCUAAUGGCAGAAGACAGUGAGUGGAUAAAGUCAACCCAGACGUUCACAACGCUCUAUAAUGCAAAAUGGUCUGAACUUGUUUCACACACAGCUUUGACCACCUUGAAUGAGGGGCACUUUAACAAGCCAUCCACCCUCCCUUUCACAGAGGACGUACAACGUCUUCACCAGCGUCUUGAAAAGAUUGCUGGUUUUGCAUCUGAGAACUUGAAAAAGAUUCCAUCAGCACAAGUCUACGGGGAACUUUGCAGAGCAGCUCUAGCUAAAAUAAUACUGUUCCACCGAAGACGUGGAGGAGAGGUUGCAAAGAUGCAGUUAAAAGGCUUCCUAGAAAGGGACGCAGCUGCCCUACAUAAGGAUGUUGCUGUUGGACUCUCAAAGUCCGAACAAAAACUUUGUGCACAUGUCAGUCGGGUGGAAAUUAGGGGUAAAAGGGGGCGAAAAGUUGCAGUGUUGCUAUCGCCAGACGUGGUCGAUGCCUUAACCUGCCUCAUGAGCAGAAGGAAAGAGUGUGGAGUCCCAGAAGAAAACACAUUCCUGUUUGCGAGACCUAACUGUCUGACUCCUUAUCGAGGACAAGACUGUCUAAGGAUUUAUGCAAAUGAGUGUGGUGCGCAAAACCCUGAACUCCUCAAGUCUACACAAUUACGCAAACACGUUGCAACUAUGUCACAGGUCCUAAACCUCAAAAACCACGAGUUGGACCAAGUUGCUGACUGUUUGGGCCACGAUAUUCGUGUCCACAGAGAGUAUUACAGGCUUCCAGAAGCUGCAACCCAGCUGGCCAAAAUAUCCAAACUGCUACUUGCCAUGGAGGAAGGUUCACUUACAAAUCUUCAGCGCAAAACACUAGAAGAGAUUGAAAUUGAAAAUAACCUAGACCUGACUGAUUCUGAGCAAAGUGAGGACUCUGAUGAUGAAGAGACAUAUCCACAGACACCAACAGAAACGGGGAUGAACGGAGCUAGGCGACCUGUUGAGGAACCUCCAGGCACCUCGGACGAUGUUGACUCUGCCUUCGGAGGCUCAUCUCAAGCAGUGAACACACACACACUGGUAGGAAGGACAAAGAGAGCAGCAGGAGCAAAGAGUGAAGAGAGCACACAAAGAACACUGAUUCUUGAUCUACACAAUUCCCUAGUGCAAAAGAAAAAAGAUCUUUUUUUGGUUUCUCUCUCUUCAUAUCUCGUUCUCUCAUGGAGGUCUUGCGGGUGGGGUCCCUGAAUGUUAAUGGGAUGUGAGAUGAAAGAAAGAAUAGACUACUUCUAGAGACUGAAUAGUGAAAGGAUAUAGGGGUGAUCUUGCUACAAGAAACCCAAAGCGACCAGGACAGUUAAGCUAAAUGGGGUCUGUGGUGGAAAGGGGAGAAAGUCCUUAGUCAUGGGUCUAACCUGAGUGCUGGGGUGGCUUUUCCUUUUUCCAUUUUUUUUUACAUGGAGACAUGGACAGAGGAAGGAGCUCUCUUAUCCUUUCAAACACUGACAACUUUGGAGGACGCAUUCAAGAAAGCGCUGUAUGAAACAUGUAUCAAGGUUGUGUACAGAGGUGCUUUGACAGGACUGAAGGAGUCACACUGGUCAGGGCUGUUGGAACCGGACUCUUCCCCACGAGGAUGCUGGAGGUCCCUGUACAAACCGCCCAUAGAGAAGCGCACUGCUGAUCUUUAGUGGCGGAUAGAGAGAGAGAGAGA